GGAUGCACAACAACAUACAAUUUAUAUGAAUGUAUGUGAUUCUGUAUCCUCCUUUUUAGCUGGAAAUCGAUGCUAUAGCUGUAUGUCGCGAUAUUACGGUGUCACGUGGCAAUUUGCCGGCUAUUCAAGAAUAUAUGUAGAGCCGAGAGCAUUCACAGAUGCAUGCCGAAGUCCACUGACACGAGGGACUGAUGUACCUUAUGCAUUCUGUGAUGAUAACUCGAAUUGUAUCACAAUGGUGGAAGAUUUGAAAAUCGGCAAUACGAUUUCAGGUACCGGUGCUAAAGGUUUUAUCCGAGGUUGUUACUCCUCGGUCUUCCUUACUGGAUUCAAUCGCUCUGGAUCAGCCGCAGCAUUGGCCAGUCACACCUUCUGCCAUACAUUCAACCUCACACAGUUAUUAAGCAGAGGCCAACCUCAGGAAAGUAGUAUGAGGUAA